ACAAAAGAACAAUGGAAUUGAAACCUAAGGCUUUUUCUGAGAAUGUGUGGCAUCCUUGCCCUUCUGUUAAAGUCCCUGGAGAUGUGGAUCUUGCGAAGGUUUAGGAGGUUUUUCGUCCUGCUUUUUUGAUUGCCAAGUCCAGACCAAAUGAUAUAACCAUCCCAGACCCUACUCCCAAGUGGGUGCGUGAUGAAUUUUAUGAUAUAACUUCCGAGUUGGGGCCCAUCCUAGAAAAGGAUAGCGUCCGGAGCUUCCUCCGCUUAUUUGUCAAGAAGCUAGGAAAUGUCAUGGGAUUUUGCCAUCACUGCACAAACAUUAAUCCACAUGGUCAGUCAUAAUGCGCUACGAUGUGUGAAAGUUGCAUUGGAGUGCAAGGUACCUGAGCUCAAUGGGAUGCAUGCCAAUCCAAACUGCAUUAACCCGUACGGAUACUUCCCUCUCCAUGAAGCUGCUGAAAGAUUCUCUGUUGACAUGAUCAAGUUACUCUUCCGUCACGGUGCAUCUGCCAAUGUACGCACCAUUGGUGCUAACAUAAUUGAGGACCUACUCCCACUUCAUGUUGCAGUUGAGAAUACUUGCCUGCAUAAGUAUAUAGAGGACAAUCUAUAUCCUAUUCAGAAUCAUCAGAAUUAUAUCUACAAGCUUAUCCAUCUUCUGUGUCUACCUGAAAUGAAGAUCUUCUUGGAUACAACUAGACUGCUUGCAACAAAAACAGAUAAUCUAGUUGAUGAGCUUUGGAAGUACAUGGAGGAUGGCAAGCUUAUACAGUCCGCAGUUUUAUUACUGGCAGCUCAAGAACAGAUCCGUGGGGAAUGUUCAUCCAAAAUAAACGGCAAUGUUAAGCAGGAUGGAUUUAGUAUUCUGAUGCAUCGUAUAUUUAGAAGCUCUAUUGCCCUUAGAUGGGAGAAAUCUCAAAAUGGAAAUUCACGGAAGCAGCUGGAGGAAAAGAGAGCACUAGUGGACUGUACAGCGCUGCUUAUUGAUAUAAUUUCCCAGGCUGGUGAAUUUCUUUCUGCAUAUAUUCAGGCACAUUCAGAGGUGCCACAUGUGAAUGUUCUGGAUCGAGUUUCAUCUAUCCUUGAGGGGUUUGGGUUUCGCACAACCAGAGGGAGUAUUGAUGUUAACAACCUCCACCCCUAUGACUGCAAAAUAUCUGGCAACGAGUUACGUCGUACAGGGCUUGUUGAUACGACCAAGGCAAUUACAGAAACAGCUAACCUGCAUGAUGCAAAGGGAAAGAAAUUACCACUGCCCAGUCCCCCUUCUAUCGAUCCUUAUCCUGUAACAUCCACAUGCCUCGGUUUCUUUACUUGUUUGAGGUACCCUAAAAGAAACUCAGAGAAAGAAUCUACCGAAAGGAAAAGGAUGGGAUCCCACAUACAUGAAGAUAAAUUUAGUCCUGUCAAGAUAUACCCGCCGUAUGCACCCGUUGCUGUGCCUUUUCCUGAUAUUGAAAAGUUUGAUUUCUCUCCAAGUAUCUCUUCAAGCUCGACUCCAAUUCCAAAUCAUAAAUUGUCAUUGUUGGGAAGAGCUCCACAACUAGCAAACAGUCUUCAAUCCAGGAGAUUAUAUGCUACUGCAUCCAAGCUCUUGAAGGUGCUGAAGAAUGCAUGAGCAGAAAGGUGCGUGAUGAAAAUUUGCUAUUGGUGAUGUCUUUUGCUAAGCUAUGAGCUUGGUCAUGUUGGCAACUGAGUGCAACCUUUAUCUGGUAUUUGUGUUAGAACCUCAUGAUAGGUGUGAGUGAGACGUGGACAGCUGUGAUGCUAAAAAUGUUGUUACUUGUUUUUAUCCUGCUUGAUGUUAUGUAGUACAAAUUAGGAUCAAGUUUUACUUGCUAAAAGGAUCAAUGGCUCGGGAUGCAGGUGGGUCAACGAGACGACCCAAAUUAUCUUUAAUCUCUACUCCUAAAAAGAACAAAGAUGCAGGUGCAAUCACUCUUUGUUUCAUCUUGCUUCUCCCGCAAUCACGAUGAGCCAGCACAGCUCCCGGCGGCAGAAGCGUGGGCCGGAUGGUCGGUUUUUGUCGAGUGCGGCAAACGCUGCGCCGUCGUCCCCCAUCGAGCACAUCUCCCGACGUCAGCUGCGUGGCCCCGAUGGACGCUUUCUGAGGAGUGAGGCUACCUCUGCGCCACGACUCCGACGGCCAUCAACGGUUCAUUCAGGGACGUCAAGUCCGACAUCGACGGCCUAAAAGCCGGUCCCUCGGGUGUCAAAGGGAAGCUGGAGAAGAAGGAACUUGUCAAGAUUAAAUUAUCGCUUGAUAAGGUCAAGCUUUGGAUGUCUUAUUCUGAAGAGAGUGGCGACCAAGGUGCUGACCCUGGUCCUGUUAUCACUGUUAAACAGACACUAGCUAAAGCGGAGGAACUUGGUCUUGCUGUCAAGCGGAAGAUGCAAAUUGGCAAAAGGAGGACGGGCAAGGGAUUUUGAAUUGUCUCCAGUUUUAGUGUGUUUUGUCAUAUUUAUGAUUGACGAACUCGGUGUUUAUUGUGUUCAGUUAGUUAAUUAUGAAUUGAGCACUUCUGUUAUUGUCUUCUAAUGUUUAGUUCUUUAA